AUGGCGAGCCGUCAGGCUCAAAGGGCGAGCCGUAAGGCUCAAAGGGCGAGCCGUAAGGCUCAAAUGGCGAGCCGUCAGGCUCAAAGGGCGAGCAAUGAAGGUUAUUUGAACAUUCUUCGGAAUUUAGAAAACAAUUACUUGGAUAAUUUACCACUUGCUGAUCAUCGAAAUGUAUUCUAUCAACAUGAUGGUGAGCCACCCCACAAAGGAUACUUAGUAAACAAUUUCUUAGAAGCUAUGUUUUACGAUCAAGGGUUUGCUAAUAAUGGACCAUUCAAGUGGUCGCCCCGUUCGCCGGAUCUAACAGUCUUGGACUACUUUAUAUGGGGGACAAUAAAAAAUAUUGUUUACCAGAACCCACUGACCACUCUAGAUGACUGUAAGCGGAGAAAAUAA